UAGGGUUUCAAAAGGAAGGACAAUGGCUUUGCCCAUGGUGAGUGGUGAGUAUAGUCUAGAGGAGAUCUUGCAGCGGUGGAGCAAUCACCAGUGGCUGUUCAAGUGGCAAAGUUUCUUCUACGCGCUGGGCUAUUGGCCACUUGUUUUCCAAUCUCUUCUCAGCAUCUUGGCGAUCCUCAAUCUUGAAGGCAAUCCAGAUAAACAGGGCCUUGAUCUCCAGUUCUUCCUCACACUAGUCCCUUUGAUCUUCUGUGAGAUGCUAGCGGUGAUCUGGGGCAUCAACUUCAACACCAUCUACACUCUCAUCAUGCUCGCCUCUGGUCUGACUGGAAUCCUUUCGAUGGCAUGGACAAAUCCCACGAUUGAACUGUCCAAGGCAAGCUUGUGCUUCGUGGGCGUGCUCAACAUGGCCUGGCAGCUCAUGCUCGAGUUCAAUGAUCCUUGGAUCUUCAGCUAUGCCUGGUCGAUCGUUCUGCCCACUUUCGCUGGCACCACCGCCCUUUCCUCUCUUGCAAUCUUCUUGCUGCGGAGCAAAUGGUCGAUUCAGUUGGACGUCUUCUCCGGGACGCUGGCCGUGGCAUACGCGCUGCUCCUCUCUCCCAACUUGCUGGAGUCUCCAUGGCACCUUGUCGCAAACUCGAAGAUGGCGAGAGCCAUACAGAGGCUCCGGGAAGUAGCUUUCAUCACAGGGAAUGAUCUACCAAAGGAUCUUGCAUCGUUAACAAUCUCCAAUCCAUUGAUAUGGAUCCAAGAUAUGGUUCACACGUUGUGAAGAUCACACAGCAUAAUUCGAAACAAUAGCAUAUAAGUCUAUGACGACAUUUGUUUCCAAAGCUCGAGGAUGAAGGAUGAAAAAACAUUAAGCAACUUUCUCAAGGAAUCAAGCCCGAUAUUGGAUUAA